AAUAGGAGGACCCAAAAUUGCAAGAGCUAUUAACAGCACAUCAAUAUCUCCCUGGUGAAGAUUAAAUGUAACCCCACAAAAUCCCGUUUCCACCAUUGAUUCCUAGAACUGAAAAUCAACCAAAAGCUAGUGAUUCUACUGUACAAUAUCAGUAGUACCUUCGAAGAAGUUUUUCUUGCAAAAUUGCAAGCUUUCCAGGAAAACAAUUCACUAAUAUACAGAAGAGGAAAUGUGGGCUGCUCCUCCGAUUUCUCGCCUUCAUUCUCAAUUCCUCUAUUGCCCUUUAAAGCUCUCUUCUACUACUUCGUCUAUUUCACAUGAAUCCCUUAAAACUCAAAGGGCACCAGCUUCUUAUCCACGUGUUAGAGCAGUUGAUCUUGACCAAAACACGAUUGUGGCGAUAACAGUUGGGGUGGUGAGUGUUGCCGUUGGGAUUGGAAUUCCUGUUUUCUAUGAAAACCAAAUAGAAAGUGCUGCCAAAAGAGAUAAUACUCAGCCAUGCUUCCCCUGCAGUGGCAGCGGUGCUCAGCAAUGCAGAUUUUGCAUGGGGAAUGGCAGUGUGGUAGUCGAGCUUGGUGGAGGUGAGAAAGAAGUCUCACGUUGCAUAAACUGUGACGGUGUUGGUUCUUUGACGUGCACGACCUGCCAAGGCAGUGGCAUUCAACCACGCUACCUUGAUCGCAGAGAAUUCAAGGAUGACGACUGAGAGCUCACUAUACAUUGCCGCGGAUAAUGGCAUUUACUUGAUAUUGAUCAGUAAGAUUUAGUCGAAAUUCACAUUGUAAACGACUUUUUCAUUUUCCUUCUCUACUCGGAUGCCGAACAAUUUAUCAUCCGGUUUUCACUAUCAUUAACCAAGAAAAUCACUAUGGAUGUACAAUACAUUUGUUGAAGCCUGAAGGAGAGAAAGGCAGGUUUCUUUCAAAUUUAUUGAUCCUAUGGUAAAUUCACCAUUUUUAAACA